AUGACGAAUAUUAAAGAUGUAAAAUAUGACCUAGGCUUAGAUAUGACAGUAGAAGACCAAAAAAAAAUUGGGAAAUUCACAAAUUUACAUUAUAAACAGUCUGUUUACGAACAAAAGAUGAAAUUAAUGAAAGAAAAUAUAUCAAACAUUGAUUCCUCAAUUGAUGAAGUCUCACUUGUUUUCGACCCCCAAGAUGUUAUGCUAAAUAUAGAUUACGUGGAAGAAAGCUUGGAACAGAUCAACAGCGAAGGAAGAAAAAUCUUAAAUAAAUUAGAACAAGAAUAUAAGAAUAUCAUAAAGGAAAAAGAAAAAUUAAAAACUGAAUUAUAUGCAAAAUUUGGAAAUAGAAUCGAUCUCAACUGA